GGCACUCUAAAAGAUUGCCGUGCAUCACGAGUAACACAUUAUUGGAGUUUACUAUUGCUUCUUCAAGUUCCUUAAAAUAUUAAAUUAAUUGUUUGCAAAUAAUGAGGGACGAGAUGCAUUGGUCGUACGUUGUUGUUCUAACGUGUGCUAGCACAAUGGUGAUGUUACUAGGAACAGCUGGUGAAGGUUUCGCGCAGGAGGACUCCGCGGAGCCAUCCCCGUCAACACAGCCUUCCCUGCCGACAUGCCAGCCGGACGAUUUCCACUAUGCUAUGACAGAAUGUGAUGAGGGUGGUGUUAGAUGGAGAGUACAAGUCCCCCAACCAGACGCAUGUAUAGGAGGAGCACCAUCAGCACCUGUACGAGCUGUAGACUGUGGAUUCUCUUGUGGAGCUGGUGAAUACUUGAACAUUGAUUCAGGUAGCUGCAAGAAAUGUCAGAAGGGAAAGUAUUCCCUUGGUGGAGGUGACAAAUUCACAGACUGGUCCGAGCUCCCUCCAGACUUCACCGUUUCCUCAACAUCAUUUUACCUCACUGAAGACUAUGAGCACUGUAAUGAGUCAUUGUGGGACCCGAUAGGUAGCUUUGUGAGAUCUCCUGAUAGCACCUGUUCCUCAAAGCUUAUCUACACAGCAAACCUGGCUAAAGAGGGUUCAGUCAACUUCACCUACUCGCUUGCUACUGACUUCAACUAUUUCACUGUUGAGGUUCACAAUGAGUUAUGCCAGAGAAAUCAUAAGAGUGGAGGGGGUAAGGCAGUCACAGCAACAGGAGAGGGAGAAUGGAAAUCUAUAAAGCUGGACCUUGAUGCUGGUCUCAAUGUAAUAACGUGGAGGUCUGAAGGGCUCUACGUCGGCACCGGUAUCAAGAUACCCCGGGUCUACAUCAGAAGCAUUGAGGUGAUGGGACUACAGUAUACCUCGGACUGUACAAAGUGUCCUGCAGGGACGUUCACGUCAGCAAGAGGAGCUGCCAGUUGUGACGAGUGUCCAGCAAAUACCUAUUCUCAAAGUGGAGCUACUAACUGUACACCCUGUAAUACAGAGACCAUGUACUCGGUUCCUGGUUCAACCAACUGCACCAUGAAGAAACCAUGCAACGAACACGAUUACUACAAGAUACAUACACCAUGCAAUGAAAACAACCAGACGAAGGUGAUGUAUAAAUGGAUUGAUCCGCAGGUGUGUAAUUCUAAUAUUCCUGCAUCAGUGCAGCUUCCCAUCUCGGGUGAAUUUGAGGCGUGUCCACCCUGCAACCCCGGCAUGUCAAUCAACAACAAGACAGAGUGUAAUUUCUGCCCUAGCAACCAGUUCAGUGAUGGAACAACACCGUGCCAGGAUUGUCCUCCGAACACCACACCCGAGUAUGGAAUGAGCUUCUCAUACUGGAACUCUCUGCCGCCUAACAUGCAUGCAUCCUGUGUUGUCACAACAAAUGACUAUGGCUGUGCCUCACGUGAGGGCUGGAUCCUAGCUGAUACCUUCAUCCACACUGGCCACGGUCACUCCGACGAUGCCUACCUCAUCCUCGACCUCCAGGUCGAUGGAUUCCGUCAGGAGGCCAGCUACUUCAAUGGCAGGGCUGAAGAGCUGGGUACCAUCUCCUUUGCAUUCAGUAUGGAGUGUCAAUCAGAGGAUUGUACCCUGUUCUUCUUGGAGGAACUCAAUGAAGCCAAUGUGAUUGAGUAUUGGACAGGUCCCAAGGAUAAACAGGACUACAGAUAUGCUGUGACCAUUGCUGGAAGGAGAAGCUUUACUUGGGCUUUCCAGAAGACUGAUGUCAAUAAGUUGGACUAUGAUAACAACCAUAAGUACCCCAAUGAUAUUGUGAAAAUCUAUGACAUAACACUCACCAACACAGUGAACGGAGGAGCAGCAACAUGUAAAGAAUGCCCAUUGGGUAGUGACCAUACUGGUUGUAUUCCAUGCGGGCCAGGACAAUUUAUUGAUGAAAAUUCAAAGCACUGCAAAAACUGCCCAGAAGAUAUGUAUGUACGAGCAAGCGAUCCCGUAGGGGAGGCUGCCUGUCUGGAAUGCCCAUCAGGUCUGAAGAGUAACAAGGGUGAGAGCUGCUACAGCAACUGUCAUGUUAGACUGAAUGAGAAACACUAUGACCUGGUCUUACUGCAAGGGCAACAGUCAGUGAUGUCUGGAGCAAGCUUCUUGACUGAGGGCAAUGCUUUCUACUAUCAUUUCAACUUUAGCCUGUGUGGGAAAGCAGAAAGUAAUCUAGCUUCAUGCAUAGACAAUUCCACAGCUAUUGGCCAGGUUGAAGAUGAAGAGGGCGCUAUGGUGAAUUCCUGGGUGUGUCGAUCCCUCAUGCUGCCCGGUAGUGACGAUGAAAAAUACAUGACUGCUAUCAAACCUAUCAGCCUUGGAGAUACCCUACUUGGAAUCAAUGAUGGAGAUAGCUACGGUAUGAUCACAGAUACUAUCAUCCCUCAGCCUGAGGAAGGACUCAAGGAUCUCAAGUUCUACUACCAUUCACCACAGACAACCAAAGCUUGCCCGAAUGGACGUUCCACCAUCGUAACACUGCGAUGUGAUCCCAAUGAGAAGGAAGUAGACAAAAUAGAAUUGCCCAUUGCAUGCCCUACCGCUGUAGAGAGUAACCAUAUGGCAGAGACUACAGUGGCUCAAGCAGGUACAUGUGAUGGAUGUACCUUCCACAUGCUGUGGACCAGUCAGUAUGCUUGCCCAGUCUGUACCAACGAUGACAUCGUAGCCAUCAAACAGGAGUGUAAACACGGACAACAGGUCACCAAACACGUAUGGAACGAUACUGCGAAAUGUGUUGGUGGUAUUACCUUACCUAGUGACAAGACAACAAAAUGUGUAGUACCACCCUGGUACAGUCAAGUUCCUAUGUAUGCACAGAUUGCCAUAGCAGCCUUCGUAGGAUGUGCCAUACUGCUCUGCGCUAUGAUCGUUUGUGUCUGGAAGAAAAAUAGAAAACUUGAAUACAAAUACCAGAAGCUGGCGAGUUCUACAUCGGGCGAGCUCCCAGCUGCUGACUCCUGUGCUAUCGAUGAAGACGACGACGAGGAUGAGGUUCAUUUUGAGGAUGGCAAUAAAAAGUCCAGGUCCUUCCUCAGCAAGUUCAAGUCUCGUGGGAGUUCAGAUAAGGAACAUGCAUACAUGGAGGAUUCACUUCUGGCCAUGCACUAGGUCGCAUACACAAGGGUUGCUUGAUGGUCCUGACAUGGAAGCCUUCCGUAUGCAGGAUCAACCUUCCAUUAUGACUCCAUUAUCGGAAACCACAUGAUGAUGGCGAGGUGACACAUUCCUGUCAUUUUUUGUCAAUUUUUUUGUUAGGAUAAGAAGUCAUUAGUCAAUACAAAUACUUUUUGAACUAAAAAAAAACAAAGUUUGUACUAAAAUCAGUAUUUUGUUGCUCUGUUCCACUAGUGCAGAAAUUAGAUUUUUUUUUAAACAGGAAAGGGCUGAUCAAAGCUUUAGGGGUUUAGACUGAUGUCUAAAUCAUCAACAAAAUAAUGGACAGUUAUACAUGUAAGUCUGCAAUGCAUUCAAUUUGACCUGUAUUUAUUACAUCUAUAAAAUGUGGUAGUAUAAUUUGCUCAGGUGUAACAAAAGCUGGUUAAAUUGCAUGAAAGCUUUUUUUUAUUAGGGGGGGGGGGAGCAUGUAAACCGAAUUAAAAAUCCUUGAAAAUCCUUGAAAACAUGCAUAUUAUUUUUAGCCAUUAGGGGCAGCUAUAUGUGAUUGGAAAGAUACCUUGAUGAGUAUGCUUCUUUUGAAAUGUUACAAUAAGUUGUUAUAAAGAGAUUGCCUGGGUCACACCGAAGUGAUAAUCAGAGAUGUUGGUGGUAAAGAGAUGGCAGUUUGACCCCUGUUACUAUCAAUCCAUGUGGCCAUUGAUUGAAUACAGUUGUUUGAUGACUACAUAGCUGCCAAACAUUCCUAUUUUGAACCACAUAUAUAUAGUCCUCUUGUUUUCUGAAAACAUCUGUAUGAAUGCAUGUAAAGUACACCGUAUUGCUACUUUUUGCUUCAGAGAUUCAAAAAAAAUGUUCGUAGUGGAUAGUUGACGGGUAUGUGACUACAAAAAUACAUAAAUUUGAACAAUUUGGAAGAGACAAUACUCCUAUUCUUAUGCCUUAGUCACAUCACCAAACUGACUAUAGAUACCGACUCCAAACCGACUGAAUAUUGGCCGUUGGAGGCAAUGUGAUUUCUUGUUUGAUCAGGGGGGCGUUUUCACAAAACUUGUCUUUAGUGACAAAUGACAGUUUUUGUUAUAAGCUACUGAAAUCCUUGCUUCUGAUUGGUUAUCAGCAGAUUUGUCACUGAUUUUAGUCAUUUGUCAUUGAAGAAAGGCUUUGUGAAACAGGUCCCUGGUGUUGGUCUCGUUAGUGUGACUGGGGUUUGAGGCAGGAUGUAGCGCCCAUGGCAUAGUAGGGGUUCAAGUUUACUACCGACAGUGUACUUCAUCGUGAUGUUGAUAUCCAAGUUUUCAUAUCAAUAUCCAUUUGAUAGGGAUUAAAAUUGUCCGUGAUGCGAAUACUAUUGGGAUAUAAAGUGUGUCCAAUGUUUUCUCAUUGCAGAAUCAGAUGAAAUGAAGAUAUGAAAGGCCACCAUGUUUAUUGCUUGAUUUUCUUCUAAAUUAACAUGUUGGACGCGUUUUUCUUUUCAUAUAACAUGUAUUUAAAAAAGACCCCAGUCUAAAUUAAUUUUGGCAUAGUAUUCACUGGGUAAAUGUUGAGUGGUCAAAGUUUCUUAACAUUCCAUCUCCUUGCAGUGUGAGACAUCUAUCUUACUGAAGCAUGUGUUUUAAAAGAAUAAGAUCUAGUUUUUCAUUUCUCUCAUGUUUCCAAUUUUGUGGUCGACUCUUCUGUCCCAAAAGUGAAUAUUGGAGAUAGCUUGGAGUUAGAAAAUGCUGUCUUAUCUCUUGUAUUUCAAAAGGGGUCCAUAGAUUAUUGAUUGGAUCAUAUCAUAGUUGAGACCUUGUCUUUCAAAAUAUUCAUGAUACAUGUUUUAUAAGCCUGGUGGCAUAGACAGGUUUUAAAUAAACAUAAAGAUAAAGUCCCCCCCCCCCCCUUUUUUUUCCAUCUAUUUCAGAAAAAUCAUUUCGUUCAUUCAUAUUAACAACUCAUUUGUGGCUGUUACGUCCAUUAGCCAAAAGUUUAUUUUUUAAGAAAAAAAAUCUGUAAGAGAGCAGAUGUGAUCAACUCAUUGAUAGAAUUCAGUGUCAGAAAUACUUGAUGGAUACUGAGAAACCCUUAUUCCACUGCAGAAGACUGGAAGUAAUGUCCAUAGGAAUUUGUAUAGUACAUGUAUGUUAAAUAUUUAGUUAUUUCUAACAUAACCUUUUAGGCUAAGUUGUAUAAUGAUCAUUAGUUACAUUAUUUUAACUUGAAGAAAAAUAAAGAAAAAUAUUAACUCUGUUCAGUUUUUCAUGAUUUUUGCCUGAUUUAAUGUCAAAUUGUUAUCUUAAGUUUAGUAUUGGUGACUUUUCAGCAUAAGAAACUUUGUUUUCCAAUGUUAUGCAACAUUCCACUGUGUGCCUUGAUGGUAUAUGUUCAGUGUUGUCAUGCAUGUAGGGUGGUGGGAUAGAAAGAAGACAAUAUUCCUUGAUAUUCUAGGGGUACGUUUUUAAGCAUGAUUUGUACCUCUUUUGCUUUGUUUGUUUUUUUGUUGUUUUUGUACUUUGGAUGUACAAAUUCAAACUGAUUGAAUCAAAUCAUCUGUUGUGCACCAGUAGAAUCACUGAGUGCUUGUAUGAAUGUAAACUACACCUAAUGAUCUAUUUGAUUUACUUGAAACCAAUCCAAUCAGUUGUUGGCAAUGGUUUCAUAUUAAUUAUAGAUUUCACAGGUAAAUGAAGUAUUCAAAGUAUAUCUGUCUAUCUAUAUUGUCUUUAUGUCAAGUCUUAUUAUUUUUGUGAAGUGAAGAAAAGGCAAUUUGAUUCAGAAUUGUGCAUAAUUCAUUUUACUUGUAAAGGACAUCUACUUUCAUGAUUGUUUUCAGUAUUAAAUAUUACAAAAUCAUAACCAUGGUGUAGGGUAAUUCAUGGCUUUAUAUGUAGAUGUGUAGGCCAAAAAUUCAGGAAUGGAUUGAAAGCCAUUUUCAUAAUUACUAGCAAGUUUAGUGAAGAUUUGUUUUUUGUUUUUUGGGGAUAUGGGAAUGAGUUAAAUUACUGGUACUUUCCUUUUACAUUUUGUACUUCUUAAUUUGUGUACUCCUGUUUAAGUACUAACGUCUAUGUUUGAUGCCAUUCAAUAAUGGAGGAUUUUGCAAAAGUACUAACAAAAAUCAUUUCAUUUAGUCAAUGUGUGCAUGUUCCUAUCUGCAUUGUACUUUAUAGACACUGCCAAGGUGCCACUGUAUUGUAUAUCAUACAGUACACAUGUACAGUUAGUGGGUCACAAGAUUUGUAGAAGUUGUAUAAAAUUCAUGAUGAGAAGGUAUUUUGCCGGUGGGGCGUAGUAGUUAGCAUGGUAUGCAGGGUUGUUAUUUAUUAAUUGUGUUGAAAAGUUAUCAAAGUGAUAUGGGCCUUGAGAUUAAUUUUAUAUCGAUCAAUGAAUGUACAGUAUGAGUAAUAACAUGUGCAUGUAAAGGCCAUACAGGAUAACAACUAUGAGGGUAUUCCGGAAGCUAAUUUUAAUAGCCAUUUAUUGGAGAAAAAUCAGUAAUUUAAAAAUUUUAUUCAGUGAAUUAAUGCUUGCCAUUCUAAAAGCUUCUAGUGAUUUGAUCUCAAUAUAGCUAAAUGUAGCAUCUAUUUGAUAUUUUCAAGUUGACUCAUACUAAUGCUACAAGGAUCCUACAUACAGCUAAUUUUGAGUAUUUUUAGAAUUAGUUGUACGAUUUAGGACUAAAAUUGUUUAUAAUCCAAUUAAGUAAAUUAACGGCGAAGAUAUACAAGAUUAUUUUGUAGAAUUUUUUGUCAGUAAUUAGUGUAAGCCAUUCACAGUUAAGUCCAUAAUUGAAAAGGGCUUCCAGGAUACCCUUGCCUCGUUGAUAUGCUUGCUAAUGUUAAUUCAGAAUGUACUUCAAGUUACAUGAUUGCUUAAUUAAUUUCAGAAAGCUGUACAUUUUGAUGAAAGUGUCUUGGUUGAGAAUUUAUUUUCUCUCACUCACUCUCCAUAUUGAAGCUGAUUAUGUCACAUACAUUGUCUGAAAAUGUGCAAUCUAACAAAUACAUGUAUUAUUGAAGAGUAUUUAAUAAAUGUUUAUAUAUUGUUUGGGUAUCAGUUUAUUGUAUUAUGAAUUGAUAAGUUUACUAAUAGGGAGGUCCGGUUAUGUAUAUCUUAUAUGUGUGUAUAAAAGCCUUAAUGUAAUUCUCUCUUUUGAAAAUAUGUUCACCGCAAUUGUUGAAUGUAGUAACACUGAAUGUUUCUCGUAGUCUUAUAAGCAGGGUUUUCUUCUCAAAAUUGUAUGUAUUCUCUGUAGUAUUUGGUUUCACUCGACAUCGUGAAUGAGAGUGAAAAUGAGGAAGAUAAGUGGACUCUUACUUUCCACAUCAAAAUUGACUUCCAUUGCUUGAAAAAGAAAACAAAUAUCAAUUUAAAGUCGAUGUUGAAUUUGCAACACUUCUGUGCAUAGUCUAUCCUUGUCUUCAUUUUAUCAUUGGAAAACUGAGGAUUUAUUCACCUUCAGCACAAGAUAUGAUUCUCAAAUUUAUGUCUUCUAAGUUUAUUGGAAAAAUGAAAUCGUCUAAAUGAAUACAUUUUGAAUAUGCUGAACAUCUUAUGCAUCACUGGCACAAAUAUUGAAGCUAUUGUUCAUCUACACACAUACAUGUAUAGGUAUUUGUGCAUCUUUGGCUGUCAUUAUGACAAGUCAACAUUGUUGUUUCAUGUUCACAGUUUGAUGAAUGAUAUUUGUAAACUUGUGAGAAGCACGUAAGAUUAUCAAAUUGUUGCACAUCUCAGCAAAUCUACAUUUGUAUUCUAUUUUUCCUUAACUUGGUAUUAUAUUUAUGAGGAUUUGGUACAACAUCAAGCAUCAUUUAUUUCUCGGCAAUGUACAAGAUGUGCUAUCAUGUUUGUCUUUGUCAUGACUUCUUGCAGUUCAUGUGUACUUCAAAGAGUACUCUUGUUAAGAGUAUAUUCAUAUGGUUGUGAAGGACAUAUUUGGGGAUAAACGUUUCUCAGUUUCAUUUAAAUUAUCUAUUAAAAUUCAAAAAAGAGACAUCGCAAA